CCGCCCCGCUUCCCUCCCCGUGUCGGGCGGCGCGGAGGGAUGGGGGCGGAACUACAGCUCCCAGCGGACCGGGGCCCUUCCCUGCAGCGCAGGCCGGGCAUUGGCGGCGGGUUCCUUCCUCUCUCGGGUUUCCAGGGCUGAUUGGGCCCUGGGGCUGGCAGCCAGCAGAGGGGGCGGCUGCCGCCUGGAGACGCUGCGGGCUGCCGGGCGUCGGUGUUACGGGGCGCGCCGGGGGCCGCAGACGGAGCCGGCGAGAGAAGGGAGGGACCUGCCGGCCGGACUAAGGCGGGGAGCGCAGGGCCCCAUCCCGCGGGCUGCAGCCGGUGCCUGGCGAGGAGUGAGCAGCUGGGCGAGCCCUGCCCCGGCUCGAGGGCAGCAGCGGGGGUCGGGCUCCCUCCCUCCGCCCCAGGAGGCGUGAGCGGCUGGGGAGGGGUUUGGUGCCUCUGGGCACCGGCAGCCGUUGUGACCCCCCGCCGACGAUGAAGAGGUGGCUGCUGCCGCUGCUGGGUCUGGCUGCCGGGGCCAAGCCCGGCUAAGGGCAGAGUCGGAGGAAGGGAGCGGAGCGGAGCUGUCCCCGCGCUGCGCCGUGCGCAGGGCUCCUCUCACCUGGGCUUGGCAACGAGCCGCGGCAGCUGCGGGGCGUCGUUCGCUGGGCGGUGUGAGCCCGCGCCCGCCCUUGUGCGCGGAGGUGUCAGGAUGCGGGGUGGGACCCGGCAGCCCCUCUGCCCUGCGGGAAGGAGCCCGUGUCCCCACAGCGUCUGACGGAGCCGUUUCUGCCUCAGAGGCGGUGGGAGAAGGUGUCGGGGAAGGGAGGCUCCGUGUGGAGAAGACGAUGGGGAGGAAGAGUCCUGGGCGGAGAGACAUAUGCUACACGCAGUGAGUCCUCUCCUGGGGGGUGGCAGAAAACCGGCUGCCACGCGGGAUUGAGCCCGAGCAACGGUAUGAGGAAACGGUGCGUACCUGUUGUCUAGAAGGACUUGGGUUUGAAAACCGCCACCCACACACCGCCCACUGCCCAAAAGCCAGGGGUGAGGAGGAGAAAUUUCUCUUUUUAUGUGUGUAUGAAAAGGAUGAGGACUGGCUCCAACGGUGUCCAUUUCUGCCAAGGACAGGCACUGUCUCUGCUUCCUCUCUGCUCGAACAUUUUUUAGUUUUAUGGAAGGGGAAAAUAGAAAAUAAUAAACAUUCACUUCGUCAGAUCAACGAUAAAAAAAAUCAUCUCCCCAGAGGAACAAGAAGAAACAGCAGCAAAGCAGCCACUUUGCAUUGAAUCAGGCAGAAGAAAUCCCUCUACAGUGUGUGGAGUUGCAGGGGGGUUUGUGUGUGCUUGCCUUGUGUGGUGUCUCUUUGAGGAGGUGGGGAGGAUUUUCUCUUAGGAAUAUAUAUUUUUCUUUUUUGGUAAAACCUGCUGCCUGAAGGAGUAUUAUAACAAAUCUCUCUGAAUGGGAGAGACUCAACUGGUGAACCUCUUUUUACCCAAAAUGUUUAUCCCCAGAGAAAUCUGAGGGUGUGCUCUUUUGAGGAAAGAACAACCACUCCAUUGAAGAUGAACACUUUAAGUUUUGUGGUUAGCCAAUUUAUUUUGUAAUUUUUUUUUCUGGUUUCUGUUUUGUGAUAAAUUGCUCUUAUAACCAUAAAAGACUAUUUUAAAUCCGUUCGUAAUUUUGGUGGAGAGGGAAGGAAUACCUCCCAAGCAUUUCUAGUAUGACAGCUUUGGUUUCUCAAGAAUUAAUUAGGGCUUGUGUGAUACCUUUACUACCAUUCUGGUAAUAAACUUUCCUUUUAAAAAAAAAAAAUUGGGGCUAGUGGGGAGGAUUAUCUUGGUCAAAGAAGAAUAUCUUUGUUUUGGGGGUGUUUCCCUCGUUACACUCCCUUGAUGACUCCUGGAGGUGGUAGUGGGCCCAUGAAAGACUGUGAAUACAGUCAGAUCAGCACACACAGUUCCUCAUCUCCCAUGGAGUCUCCCCAUAAGAAAAAAAAAGCAGCUCCCAAGAGAAAAUGGGAGGUUUUCCCUGGAAGAAACAAAUUCUUUUGCAACGGAAGGAUCAUGAUGGCCCGGCAGACUGGAGUCUUCUACCUGACUCUGGUUCUCAUCUUGGUCACCAGUGGACUCUUCUUUGCAUUUGAUUGUCCAUAUUUGUCAGAGAAGAUUACACCUGCUAUUCCUGCAAUAGGUGGGAUUCUGUUCUUUUUCGUGAUGGGGACCCUGAUGCGUACUAGUUUCAGUGAUCCUGGAGUCCUCCCACGUGCAACACCAGAUGAAGCAGCAGACCUGGAAAGACAAAUAGGUAACACAGAAGAUAUUGCAAAUGGCUCCAGUUCAGGAGGAUACCGUCCACCUCCCAGAACAAAAGAAGUAAUCAUCAAUGGACAGACAGUGAAACUAAAAUACUGUUUCACUUGCAAGAUUUUCCGCCCACCUCGUGCCUCACAUUGCAGCCUUUGUGAUAACUGUGUAGAACGGUUUGAUCACCAUUGUCCCUGGGUAGGCAACUGUGUGGGGAAAAGAAACUACAGAUUUUUUUAUAUGUUUAUUUUAUCUCUGUCCUUUCUGACAGUCUUUAUAUUUGCAUUCGUUAUCACCCACGUCAUCCUUCGAUCACAGCAAGCAGGAUUCCUAAAUGCCCUCAAGGACAGUCCAGCAAGUGUGCUGGAAGCUGUCGUGUGUUUUUUUUCCGUUUGGUCUAUUGUUGGUCUCUCAGGUUUUCAUACAUAUUUGAUCAGCUCCAAUCAAACAACUAAUGAAGAUAUUAAAGGAUCUUGGUCAAAUAAAAGAGGUAAAGAGAAUUACAAUCCAUACAGUUAUGGCAACAUCUUUACUAAUUGUUGUGCAGCGCUGUGCGGGCCCAUCUCUCCAAGUCUAAUUGACAGAAGAGGAUUUAUACAGCCAGAUACACCACAGCCAGCAGCACCUUCAAAUGGCAUUACAAUGUAUGGGGCAACACAGUCUCAGAGCAACAUGUGUGAUCAAGAUCAGUGCAUUCAGAGCACUAAAUUCGUUUUACAGGCUGCUGCCACACCACUACUACAGAGUGAACCCAGCAUAACUAGUGAAGAGCUACCUUUACCAGGAAAGACCACUAUCGGUGCUCCUUGUGCCACGCUAACCCUAGGGCAGCCGACACCACCGUCCUCCAUGCCAAAUCUCACAUCAGAAACAGGUUUGACAGACAUGAUACCAUUAAAAGAGGAACAUGAAGGUCAUCAGUUUCUCACUCCUGAGGAAGCUCCAUCACCUCCUGGUAUGCUGCCAGCAGGGAGCCCUAUAACACACAGCCAUACCAUGCACGUCCUGAGCCUAGCCAGCCAAGAUUCAUUGCAUGAAGACUCAGUGCGUGGUCUUGUGAAGCUUAGCUCAGUUUGACCAAUUUUUAUUGAUAAUAUUAUACCAUAUCAUAGCGGUUGUACAAAUGUAUACCCAACAGGAAAGACUUUACAGUACCACUGUAAGACUCUAACAUGCCUAUAUAAUGAAAACUUUCCCAUGUAAUGGAGUUUACUAAAUGGACAAAUUAUUUUUUUCAAUGGAACUAUGGCAUUCUUUUGACUGAAUUGUUAAUGGUUCUGCUUAGAUGGUGACUGCUUCUAUUUUUUAAAUAAAACCAGGAAAGGUCAGUAAUCCUGCUAACUGAAGAUCUGGGUCCAGCAACUUGUAGUUCUACCUGUAGGACGGCCUUUGUUACAGUAUAAAAAAGAGAGGUUUUUGGAUGUAAGUGUCAUGUUAUGCAUUUUAUGCUCUUGUAAUACACACUUGUUAAGGCUUACCACACUUGUGGCCAGAAUGAUCUGCACUUACAUGUUAUGCUACUAAUAUUUGAAAUAGAAAAUAACCAUUCCAUUUGUUAAUACAGAAAAUGACUGCAGAUAUGGAUUUGCAUGCCACGCUAAGGUAUGUGUUACAGUGGUGUUGGUAUUAAAAGAGAGUGCUGCUUUUUUAUUUGUGAGUUUCAAAGUGCUGUUUCAUUUAAAGACGGUGCAAUAGAUUAAUUUUUUCAGUUUAUUAAAUUUUAUUUUAAAUUAAUCAGUGGUGCCUAAAAUAUGGAGGCUACUGAUUUUUAUCAUGCUACAUAUCAUUUAACCUUCUAUUUAAUUGUUUAGAAUAAGGUAUUGUGUUGUGCUAUGCCACAGAUUCUUCCACUCCCUUGUGUGAUAAGAUUACCUGCAGACAUCCAAUAAAAUGAUAUCCUGUUUCUUUGGAUGCGUACAGUUAUCCUUAUACAGUUUACUGGAAAAGAAAAGUCCCAUUUGGAUGACUUAGUCUAGGGGGGGUUAUGUUUUUUUUUUUUACUUUGAUACAUUUGCAUAAUGCGCCCAGAGCCACAGGGAAAAUCUGACCAUGAAUUGUUUUGCUUUAGUAUUAUGUAUAGCUUUGUAUAGACAGUCUGUUUUGAUAACACAGUGUUUCUACAGCAAACCUGUGUAUUAAGUACAGAUACUUAAUAUCUGCUUAGGACCUAAACUCCUGGAUGUUAGGCUUCAGAAGGAAGAGAAAAGUCAAUGGAGUGAACCUGAACAAACAAGCGAUACACUGUAGCUGCCGUCUAGUUAUAAGUUUUCAUCUGUAUAUUUUCAUCCAUUAUUUAAAAUGGAAAUAUUUAUAUUACAAAGUUGUUCUAUGCUUCAGUUUGUGAUUAGGGAAAAUAAGAGUUAUGGUUUAUGGAAAAUAUCUCCACUCAGGGACAAUUGAAGAGGACCCUGCACAUAAGCUGAGAGAACUCAAAUGUUGUAAUUUACUGUAUCUGACUUGUUUUUCAGAUUCUAUGAUCCGCAAUAAUCCCUUCUCAGGAUAAAUUAAAUGCAGAGAGUCUUUCCAGCAAACUCAAGAUAUUAUUUCAACUGCAAAUUGCUAUUAUAUCAAAUGUUUCCUUGAUCGAUCAAUAAGCAUGACAUUUCUGCAUCAUUGAAACAUGGUCAUUCACGGACAUCAAGUGAAAAAAAUUGCCAUAUUUUUAAAAAAGAGCACAAUAAGCCUCUUGGAAUACAGCCAUUUAUGCUAUUGAAAUGUCAGAUGACACGCUAACAAGAGCCCUAAUACUUUGAGGUUUUGUAACCAAUUUUAUUUCUCUAAAUGUGGUGAUAUCACCUUUCACCUAGUUGUAGGUAUAGAAAAUAUAGAAGGAAAACUUUGAUAACAUCAACUGAUUUCUUGGGUCCCAUUUCACAGUUAAUUAUGGAUGGACUAGAUGACCUUUUGAAGUCCCUUCCUGCCCUAAAUUUCAAUGAGACUACCGGUAUGCAUGCUCCACCAUUAACAGUGAUGGUGAGUCAUUAAAAAGUUUGCAAGCUUUCACAUAAGGGGAUAUAGCUUCUCAGUUUCUUUUCCCAUUCAGUCUCGCAAGGUUGCUCAAAAAUUCUUAUUCAGAUGUUCUCUCUCUUUUUGGGUAUGUCCUGUCCAAAGAAGAACUCCCUUUGUUCUGGAUUCCAAUCCACAGCUAGACAGUCAGGUACUAUGUCAGAUGGGGCAAAAAAACUUAGCGAGAUGGUUAUCCAUGGAUAUCCCCGCUACCAGACUAACAGUAAUAGCUCUGGUAGGGGGAAGGAGAGUGUAUUACUUAUGGCUGGGAUUUUCAAAGGAGCCUAAGGAUACAUCUACACUACAGCGGGGAGUCGAUUUAAGAUACGCAAAUUCAGCUACGUGAAUAGCGUAGCUGAAUUCGACGUAUUGCAGCCGACUUACCCCGUUGUGAGGACGGCGGCAAAAUCGACUUCUGCCGCUUUUUGUCGGCGGCGCUUACUACCACCUCCGCUAGUGGAGUUAGAGCGCCGAUUCGGGGAUCGAUUGUCGCGUCCCGACGGGACGCGAUAAAUCGAUCCCCGAGAGGUCGAUUUCUACCCGCCGAUUCAGGCGGGUAGUAUAGACCAGACCUAAGAGAAUUAAGUGCUCAAAGCACAUUGAAUGUCAGAGUUAUUUGAGGGCAUCCAAAUAAUUAUAAUAAUGCAACACAGUGUACUCUCACCUCUCAGAAACACCGAAGUUUGUAUUCUUAACCUAGCCUAUGACAAAUGUUUAUUACAAAACCACUGCACUGUUCGUAUUCUUUUAGAGCUGAGAACAAAAAGGGAUGUUUCAUCUCAAGACUGUAUUUUGGAUGAACUGAGGUUUGGGAUGAAGCAUUCAUAGCACCUUGUCACAUUUUAUUUGCUUUGGUUGGUGUUAUCAGCCUUCCCUGACAUAAGCACUAAAAUUUUGCUAGUGAAAAAAGGAAAAAAUAUUUAUCCUUUGCUCAUAGUACUGAACAGUAAGUGAAAUAUUUCUGUUUUUGUUAGUAGAAGGGCAAGUUCUUUGAAAUCAGUUGCCACUAUGGGAAAUUACCUUAUAACCUUACAGAAACAAUACUUGAUUGAAUAAGUGAAUCUGUAGCUAAGUGGGUCUUAAUAUUUUAUUAAUUCUACAGAUAUCAGUGUACCGAGGAUUGAUUGUCCACUAUGUGAAAGAACAAGUAAGAUAAAUAUUUUACUGUGGUAUUACAACUUCACAGCUAUUGAGCUAACUCUGAGGAUCACCUUUAUUUAUAAAUUCAUCUGCUUGCAAUUUCACAGGAAUACCCAAGGCAUCUCAUGCUUACAGGAAACUCCAUUUGGUGGCAACAUUUGUAUGUCCUUGCCACUAGCAAGUAGUACAGGCAGAAUCACAUCAACUGUAUGGCUGUGAUAAGGUUUAUAGUGACAUUCUUACGUAGGAGAAAGGGUUAUUGUUCAGGGUUUUAUGUUAUUCCCCAACUGAAACACGCUGUUCACUCUUCACAUUUAAAUGUUUAAAAUGAUAGAACAUCACUUUUAGAACCUUUUGCUUUUUCAGUGCUGGAGAGGGAGAUAGAAAGCCUGACAACAGAACUGAAGUACUGUGAAUACCCAUUUUAGAGCCAUUUAUUCAUUCAGAUGCCAGUGAUAUGCCUUUUUUUUUUUUUUUUGCCCUUUGUUUAUAAUCUUUCAAGAUUGUAUUUAAAGAUGAUAAAUAGAUAGUGUAUUUUUACCAUUACCUUGUUUUUAUUUACAGGUUUUCAUAUCACCUUAAUUUAAAUCUAAUCUCCUUUCCUUCCCCACCCCAGACUUUUUGUUAUGGUGGCAUCUCUGGUUGACACUAUUGACUUGUGAGGACAUCUGCUGGAAAAUACCGGAACUGAAUUAAUUAAUUGUUUCUAUAAUUAUAGUUCUCAAUUAACAGAUUAAAAUCAGUGACUCCAUCAACAGAAUGACUGAAAUUCCUGCGUAGGGCAUCUCUUCUGUUUUACUUUUUCCCAGCAGCAACUGCUUUCCAGCAUAUGAGCUCCCUCAGAUGGAAUUCACAUACACAUGUGGCACCGUUCAGCAAAGUAACUUAACCAUCCCUUGUACUGCAGGAUUCUUAGCUUUGAUUGUAUUUUGUUUGCAUUGCAGAGCACAAGGACCAGAGAUUCAAAAUGAUAAUCCAGGGCCACAUUGCUCUAUUUGCUUCUCUUUGCAUAUUUUGCUUUCUCCUUUGUUGUUCUUUUCAUUAAACAAUUAGUACAUUAUAUUGAAUUAAUCUUAUAAAAAGUUUGAAUGUUCCUCAUACUGGUACCUUCUGAUUUGUAUAAAUGUAGAAUCUAAAUUGGAAAUUGAUGUUUACAGAAAAGUAAAUGUAUGUUUUUACUAAAAGUACCUAUAAAUGUGUAGAAGUUCACUAUGCUGGUUAAUCUGGCAGCAAUUUUUUCCCCCUUUCAUUGUUUUUUUUAAUAGUUUUUCCCCUCUAGGUGGGUAUACAGUACAAGACUGUGUACAAUGAAAUGCAAUCCUUCAUAAAUAAGAUCUGUUUUUAAAAGGCUUCUUUUUCUUGUUUUCUCAAAGACCUCUCUAUUUUUAAAGUAAUUUUAUAUUAUUAAUGAUUAAACAGUAAUGUUGUUCUCAUUGUAAUAAAUGUCAGAGAUGAUUGCA